UUCAAAUCCCCGGAUGAUGGCGGUGGCAGCUCCCUGCUAGAAGGCAGCUUACUGCCUCGCAGAAGCUGGCGGGCACCGUGCCCGCCACGGUCGGUCUCCCGGGCACUGGGCCACCGCCCCACCCCCUACCCCCGGACAUGGAGCCAGAGCCAGCGGCUCAGAAGCAGCCCCGACCGCGGAGGAGAAGCCGCAGGGCCUCAGUGCUCUGCGAGGACCGAGCCGCAGGGCCUCCGGCCGACACCCCCGGGCCGGCGGCGGACGGGAGAUGCUCCCUUCGGAGAGGCAGCUCCUUCACAUUUUUAACACCCGGUCCUUCGUGGGAUUUCACUUUGAAAAGAAAGCGAAGAGAGAAAGAUGAUGACGUUGUAAGCCUUAGCAGCCUUGAUCUGAAGGAGCCAAGCAAUAAAAGAGUUCGGCCUCUAGCCCGGGUCACAUCCUUGGCAAACUUAAUCUCUCCCGUCAGAAAUGGAGCAGUCAGGCGCUUUGGUCAAACCAUACAGUCAUUUACCCUUCGUGGUGACCACAGAUCCCCAGCCUCUGCCCAGAAGUCAUUCAGCAGGUCUACAGUCCCAACACCCACAAAGAGAAGAAGUAGUGUGCUAUGGUCGGAGAUGCUAGACAUCAGUAUGAAGGAGUCCUUGACCACUCGAGAGAUCAAACGUCAGGAGGCAAUAUAUGAAUUGUCCCGAGGCGAACAGGACUUAAUCGAGGAUCUCAAGCUUGCUAGAAAGGCCUACCAUGACCCCAUGUUAAAGUUGUCCAUCAUGUCAGAAGAGGAACUCACACAUAUAUUUGGCGAUUUGGAUGCUUACAUACCUCUGCAUGAAGAUUUGUUGGCAAGAAUAGGAGAAGCAACCAAGCCUGACGGGACAGUGGAACAGCUCGGUCACAUUCUCGUGAACUGGUUACCAGGCCUGAAUGCCUACAAAGGCUACUGUAGUAACCAGCUGGCGGCCAAGGCUCUUCUGGAUCAGAAGAAACAAGACCCAAGAGUCCAAGACUUCCUCCAGCGCUGUCUGGAGUCUCCCUUCAGUCGGAAACUAGAUCUUUGGAGUUUCCUAGAUAUCCCUCGAAGUCGCCUUGUCAAAUACCCUUUACUGUUAAAAGAAAUCCUUAGACACACUCCAAAAGACCAUCCUGAUGUUCAGCUUCUGGAGGAAGCAGUAUUGAUAAUACAAGGGGUUCUUUCUGAUAUCAACUUGAAGAAAGGUGAAUCCGAGUGUCAGUAUUACAUCGACAAGCUGGAGUACCUGGAUGAGAAGCAGAAGGAUCCCAGGAUUGAAGCUAGCAAAGUGCUGCUAUGCCAUGGGGAGCUGAAGAAUAAAAGCGGCCAUAAACUGUACAUUUUCCUGUUUCAAGACAUCUUGGUUUUGACUCGGCCUGUCACACGGAAUGAACGCCACUCCUACCAGGUUUACCGGCAGCCAAUCCCAGUGCAGGAACUGGUGCUGGAAGACCUGCAGGAUGGGGAUGUGCGCAUGGGUGGUUCCUUCCGAGGGGCCUUUGGCAACUCAGACAAAGCUAAAAAUAUCUUUAGAGUCCGCUUCCAGGACCCCUCUCCCGGCCAGUCCCACACACUGCAGGCCAAUGAUGUGUUCCAUAAGCAGCAGUGGGUCAACUGUAUCCGUACUGCCAUCACCCCUUUCCAGCGGGCUGCCAGCCCCCUAGAGCUGCAGGGCCUACCAGAGCUCCACGAAGAGUGUGAGGAGAACAACCCAUCUGUUGGGAAUCUCCAGGCCCAGCGAAGGUCAUCAUCCCUGGUGCCCGGGUUUGCACAGGUAGACGAUGAAAGUGUGCUGGAAUGUGGCUCGAGUGUCCAGACAGCCGAAGACACCAAGAGUGUGAAGGCACACCGAGGACAGCCUGGCUUACGAAGAGCAAGGGACAGAGCCCAGUCUGGCGGCAGCAGAAAAGAGACCCUGGUGUAAAUGUGUGCUCUCUGGUGGGAGGCUGUUUAUUUAUACAUUUGUACAGGUUUUUUCUUGUAAUGGGAGCAUCCUAGGGUACUCUGUGCCAACUGUAAUGUGUUCUUGGUUUGGGUUUCUCUCUACUCUCCCCUCCCUCCCCCUCCUGUUAUUGUUGUCUUCGUCAUUAAUGGCAGCUAAAGAUACACAGAUUACUGGUAAAUUGCAGGCUUUAAAGGGGUAUUUUCAUGGAUUAUUUGGAACAUACCAACCUGGUAUUUUGUAUCAGAAGAAAUAUGUAUGAAACUAGUGUUGGCCUGACUAUAGGUUCACCAUGACUUUCCAAUUCCAACCAAAUGUGAUAUUCCCAGUAUUUGCCAAACUUGAAGUUUUGUAAAUGCUGAAAUUCUAUCAGUGUUCCUUGUUAAAUCUCAAAUGAUGAAUGAAAUUUUAAUAAUGACACCCACAAUCUACAUGGAAGAUUUUUGAGUUUGAAAUAUUUGAGUAUCUACAGUGAAGCACUGCUUCCUUGGAAAACAAUCCUAAAGCUUGGUGUGUUUUCCGUUUCUAUCAACUGGAAUGCCUUAUAUCAGUUUUUCACUGCACAUUCCUCAUUUUUCAUUCAUUUAUUCUGCCAACUAUUUAAUUUUUUAU